AUGGUGAAAAGCCAUCGACUGACCACCCCACACCCCACGCCAAUCCCACCCCACACCCCACGCCACUCCCACCCCACGCCAAUCCCACCCCACGCCCCACGCCACUCCCACCCCACGCCAAUCCCACCCCACACCCCACGCCACUCCCACUCCACACCACAUGCCAAUCCCACCCCACACCAAUCCCACCCCACACCCCACGGCAAUCCCACCCCACACCCCACGCUAAUCCCACCCCACACCCCACGCCACUCCCACCCCACACCCCACGCCAAUCCCACCCCACGCCACUCCCACCCCACACCCCACGCAAAUCCCACCCCACGCCACUCCCACCCCACACCCCACGCCACUCCCACCCCACACGCCAAUCCCACCCCACGCCACUCCCACCCCACACCCCACGCAAAUCCCACCCCACCCCACGCCACUCCCACCCCACACCCCACGCCACUCCCACCCACACCCCACGCCAAUCCCACCCCACACCCCACGCCACUCCCACCCCACACCCCACACCCCACACCCCACUCCAACUCCCACCCCACACCCCACGCCAAUCCCACCCCACACCCCACGCCACUCCCACCCCACACCCCACACCCCACUCCAACUCCCACCCCACACCCCACGCCAAUCCCACCCCACACCCCACGCCACUCCCACCCCACACCCCACGCCACGCCAUGGUCCACAUACACCAACACAGUCCUCAUCUUCCUGAUUCUCCAUGCUGGUAAAUCCAAAGAGGAGGCAGAGUGA